AGCUAGCAAGUCCUUCCAUGCCAAAGCUAGUAGGGUUGCUUGUUGAGCAAAACAUUCUCCACCUACUCAUCCUCUAUAAAACAACAUCAUUCACGUACGAUUUGAACACAACAAAACCUGAUCCUCUCAAAAUGGCAAACUCAGCCCCGCCGCCACCAGCAGCCGGCCCAUCACCAGCCUCGAAACUUGUUCGAAUCAUAGUUGUAGUCAUACUAGCUUUAAUUGUUCUUCUUGGUUUAGCAGUCCUCAUCACUUGGCUAAUAAUCAAGCCCAAACAGCUUGUUUACAGGAUUGAUAGCGCGUCAGUCCACAAUUUCAACCUCAAGAAUAACCACCUCAAUGCCACGUUUGAUCUUCUCAUAAAAGCUCAUAAUCCUAAUAGCAGGAUCUCCGUAUACUAUGAUCCAAUCGAAGUGUCCGUGGCAUAUGAUGGUCAAACCAUCGCGUUCAACACCCUCGAGCCAUUCCAUCAACCCCGUAGAAACGUGACUCGACUAGAUGCUACACUUGUGGCUCGUGACGCGGCAUUGUCAGGGGCUUUGUCCAGAGACUUGAGGGUUCAAAAAAGGUCAGGAAACAUUGGAUUGGAUGUCAGAAUCAAGGCAAGAAUUCGGUUUAAGGUAGGAAUAUUCAAGCUGAAGCAUCAUACGUUAAGGAUCUCAUGCUCUCCAGUGAAAGUGCAAAUGUCUUCAUUAAAAAAUUUCGAGACUGCUUCUUGUGAUUUGGAUUGGUAAUUUGUGUCAAUGCGGUGUUGGGGCUAUUCCAUACCUUUGCUACGUGUCUUUAUUUUUUAAACUUUUCUUGACCCUUGGUAGUUGCUCGACCAUUUUAUUGUUCUUUUCUUUAUUUUCUUGGAUUGUUGUGUGAGAUUAAUUUUUAUUUUUUUUUCUAUUUAAAGGCUCAAUGUGUGGAUGUUGACGUCCAAGAUGCAUUUGUGAUAUCAAUAAUGAUAUUUGUUUGCCAA